CACCUUCUGGCACAGCACGACAGAACUCACUUAUAUAAAGGAGUCUCGUGAUCGCUUUCUGACACAGCACGACAGCACUCACUCACUCCUCCAGAAGAAGAAGAAGAAGAGGAGGAGGAGCUCGUUGCAAACGAUGAAGUUACUUUGCCAUCUGCUCUUAGGGGCCACUUGUCUUGCCCUUACAGAGGGUCUGAUGGUGUGCUACUUCGGUUCCUGGGCCAAAUACCGCUGGGGCGACGGGACCUUCGACGUCGAAGACAUCGACCCCGCCAUCUGCACACACAUCGUCUUCGGGUUCGCUGGCAUCGACGAGUCCACACACGAGAUCCAGCCUCUGGACCCUUACAACGACCUGUGCGAGAACUGGGGGAAAUGCGCCUACGACCGUUUCACGGCCCUGAAGGAGAAGAACACCAACCUUCGGGCACUCCUGGCCGUCGGAGGCUGGAACGAAGGCUCCGAGAAGUACUCCGUGAUGGCAGCCGACCCCGCGAAGAGAAAGGUCUUCAUCGACUCCUCCAUCACGCUCCUGAAGGCGCAUAAUUUCGAUGGUCUGGACAUGGACUGGGAAUACCCAGCCUUCAGGGGAGGUCGGCCCUACGACCGCGAGAACUUCGUGACGCUCCUCCGAGAGCUGAAGGAAGCCCUACACGCCGAGGGCAUGAUCAUCACGGCGGCCGGCGCCGGCAAGGACAAGAUGGACGAAAGCUACGACAUCGCCAGCGUAGCCGCCAACCUCGAUUUCGUCAACCUCAUGACUUACGACCUCCACGGAGCCUGGGACCCCUACACCCACCACCACUCGCCGCUCUACGCCCAUCCCCAGGACAGGUUCAACAACAACUCUUACCUCAAUGUGGACUUCGCUGUCAACUACUGGCUGGACCACGGCACGCCCAAGGAAAAGCUCGUCGUGGGCGUCCCCCUCUACGGCCGUUGCUGGACAUUGGACUCAGAAGCGGAUACGGGUUUCUACGCGAAGGCCUCUCAGCCUGGAACUGCUGGAAAAUACACGAAUCAGGCUGGAUUCAUGGGAUACAAUGAGAUCUGCGAGUCCCAGCUCGAGAAGGAGUGGCAGGUGGUAUACGACACGGCAAUGCACGAACCAUACGCCUACAGCUUCGCCCAGAGCAGGAUCUGGUGUUCCUAUGAGGAUGGCCUCUCUGCUGGCAUCAAGGCUAAGUACAUCCGAGACAAAGGUCUCGCAGGCGUCAUGAUCUGGAGCAUCGAGACGGACGACUUCAAGGGCAAAUGCCACGGCCGCACUUUCCACCUGACGAAGACCCUCUACGAGACCUUCCUCGGGGGCGAUAUCCCCCAGCCCCCAACGAUGGCGCCCAAACCCCAGACAACCCUGUCCCCUGACAUAUCUGUGGGCCCUCAGACUACCUACAAACCCCCACCACCAGAGGGCAUUUGCCAACACCCAGGGAAUAAUCCGGAUCCAGAAGACUGCACUCGCUACUUCCAGUGCGCGGAGGGAUCCGACGGCAAAUACAUGCAGGCGGAGGAGAAGUGUCCUGCAGGACUCCUCUUCAAUCCUGUGGCUCUCAUCUGCGAUUGGGACUACUCUGUCUGCGCCUUGGACGGGAAUGUCUGUCCUCACAACUGCUAGGUCCCUUCUCUCUCUGUCUGCCAAGUCGUGCUGUCGUCUUUUGAUGAGGAUAAGACGUCGUUUUUAAGAGUUGUAGUGUAAUGAUAAUGAUGGUCAUAGUAUACUGAUAAUAAUGAUCACAUGAGUGCAAACAUGAUAUAAAUAAACAUAUAUAU